UUCCUCCAUUUUCAUCGUCAAUUUGUAUUUUUCGACAAAAUAUUUCACGCCAUGGAUGACAGCGAAGGCUUUCGAAUCGUUCCUAAUGUCGACUACACAAAAGUCGGUCCUCUCAACCACAAGAGAACUCUGGCCUUUCUCAAUCACUUUAUUACACAUACUGUACGCUUUCUGAAUAGAUUUUCCUGUGUCUGCGAAGAGAAAUUGUCUGUUUUAUCAGGAAGAAUUCAAAGAAUAGAAAUUAUGAUGAAUAUUUUAGAAGCGAAGUUGUCAUCUAUUCCUGGCCUUGAAGAUGUACAAGCUCCUGCAGCCGCAUCACAGCCAGCUUCACAACCGGUAGCUGCUGCUCCUAGUACGCCUGCUUCUGCUGCUGCUGCUGCUGCUCCUGCCACAGAGAGUGGACCACCUGCCCCUCCACCAGAACCUGAGCCAGAACCAGAGGCACCAACAAUGACAGUCUCCAAGGAUCCCAGAUAUGCCAAAUACUUCCAAAUGGUGAAAGUGGGUGUUCCUGCUGGUGCAUUAAGAUCCAAGAUGGCAGCAGAAGGACUGGAUCCUGACUUGUUGGAAAAUCCAGAUGCACCUGUCCCUGGUGGAGGGCCACCACCCGCCAACAACGACGACUCAGAUGAUGAAAUGUCAUCAGCAUCAUCCUUCAGUGAUGACGAUUAAAUGAAUCAUUUAUAAAUAUCAAUACUUUCAUUAAUUAUCAUUGAAUUGAUUACCCAUCAAAAUUGUAUUAUUACAGUAAUAUGUUUAUUAAUUGCACCCUUUAUUAAUCAGACGCCCUUCAUUAAACAGACAGGCAGUUGGGCUCCAAAAUUUUGCUUCCCAUAUUUACUGUAAAACAAAUCCUUUGAUAAGUAAACACUAGUCCUGUAGGUGUCUGUGUAAUACAGAGUGUACUGUAGAAUACUGUGAAACAAAUCCUUCGAUAAAUGAACACUAGUCCUGUAGGUGUCUGUGUAAUACAGAGCGUACUGUAGAAUACUGUUAAACAAAUCCUUUGAUAAGUGAACACUAGUCCUGUAGGUGUCUGCAUAAUACAGAGUGUAGAAUACUAUAAAACAAAUCCUUUGAUAAGUGAACACUAGUCCUGUAGGUGUCUGCGUAAUACAGAGCGUAGGAUA